UGAUUAUUGACGAUGCGAAUGACUGUGUAACAUUAUAUGACUCCGCAGUGUUGGGCUUCACCCUAAACCGCGGAGUAUUUAUAAAAUUGCUGUUAAACGAUUUCCAAACGUGGGUCAUGACGCAUCUUUACUUCCAGGUUAUCUCUUCGACGAUUUAUCAAAAAUGUAAUUUGCUGUUCAAACUAAGGUCUAUAUCAACAGGUUUUUGCCUUCACAAAACUCCUCGUGUUUUACCAGUAACACACCAAAUUCUUGGUGAACACAAUGCUCAGUAUUUUACUCCUUAUCCUCAAUUAACAAGAGAAGAAUUAGAAGAACCUCCACCUCGAGUAUCUGAUGAAGUGAGGGAUCUUCUACAGUUACGAAGAAAAAAGUUGAUUGGUGAAAAUAAGUGGCAACCACCAAAAAUUAGUGGACAUGUUUUUCGAAAAAAGAGAAAAGAGCUUAUUAGAGCUGGACAUUAUUUUCCGAUAUUUCCAUCACGCGACAGAAUGCUUGAUCCGAUGCCAAAAGUUCAACAACAUAUAUUAGAAAAAGAAGAGCGGUUAAAAAAAAUUGAACAGAAUAUGAAAAUGAUGCCUCUUUGGAUUGCUGAGUAUAAGUCAAAAAUGAGAGAAAAGAAAUUAAAAAAAUUAGAAGAUGAAGAGGAGCAAAAGCGAAACAAAAGGUAUAUAGAAAAACUUGGUUUACAUCCAAAGGAUCCCAGAGCAAAGGAUGCUUUAGAAGGACUUAUGAAAGAUAAACCUGAAAAGGCUAAAAAGAAGUUUACCACUAAAAAAAAGUCUAAAGUUGAAGUGGAAAAAUAGUCUUUUUUUUUUCUUUUUUUUUUCUUCAUUAAAUUAAUGGCUUCAUUUUUAAUUUUUUCCUAUAAAUCAAUAUUUAAUUUUUUUUUUUUUUUUUUUCGAAUCAAAACGACACACAACUGCAACAACAAAAAGUAACAAAAUUAUAUGAUAGAAGAACAGGUGUUUGUUUCAUUAAGUUUUAGUAGACUAUUUCUCUUUUUAGUAGAUUUUAGUGCAUCUGAAAUCCUAAUAUAAAGGUAAAAAAUUCGUCAAAAUUAUUUUGAUUAAAUAAUUUUAUUGAAA